GUCGAAGAAGGAAAAAAAAGGAAGAAUUAAUCUAUUCUAGAACGUGUAUGUAUACACAACAGCUACAGCUGGAAAACAUCCAUUAAAGGGAAAAUCAAGAAUACAAUCGAUUUUUGUAUCAUAAAAAGUAAAAACAGGAAAGAAGGAUAAACAUGGUGAAGGAACAGUUCCGGGAGACGAAUGUCGCCAGCAAAAUCUCCCAUAUAACUUUCGAAGCAGACAACAUGCAUAACAUGCUUAUGCAAUCCAGUGUGCAAAUUAUCACUAAAAAUUUGUACAAUGAGGAUGUCGAGCGUACUCCAGUUAUGUAUGGAAUGUUAGACAGGCGCAUGGGAAUAAGCGCUAAUGGCGUUGAAUGUGCUACGUGUAAUAAAACAGUGCACGAUUGUGUAGGACACUUUGGUUAUAUAGAUUUGGAACUACCAGUUUUUCAUGUUGGCCACUUUAAAUCUAUCAUUCAGAUUUUACAGAUGAUUUGCAAGAAUUGUGCUCAUGUUUUAUUAAUGCAAGAAGAAAGGGAAUUUUAUUUGCGUAAAAUACAAAAUCCAAAUAUGGGAUAUUUAAUGCGCAAGGCAUUGCGUAAGCAAAUCUGGGAGAAAGCAAAGAAAAAGACGAUUUGUCCAAUUUGUAAAGAACACAAUGGCCCUGUUAAAAAAAUUGGUUUUCUUAAAAUUGUAUAUGAAAAGUAUAAGAACUUAAAGAAAACGGAUCUUCUUAUUGAAGAGAAAUUAUCUGAGUUAGGCUCGGCAAUGGAGCAUGACCAAGAGCUUAAGAAUAUAGUAGAGUCAAAUUAUAGAACUGUAUUUGAUCUAUAUUUGUAUCCAAACGUGGUUCAAGAACUUUUCAACAGAAUUCCAGUAGGUGAUGUGUAUCUAUUAUUAAUGGAUCCUAAGUGUGCUGUACCAGCAGAUUUAAUAUUAACAAGAAUUCCUGUACCACCUGUUUGUAUUAGACCUACUGUUGUAUCUGAUCUAAAGGCUGGUACAAAUGAAGAUUAUCUAACAAUGAAAUUAUCAGAAAUAUCUCUUAUUAAUGGUGUUAUUCGUAAACAAAACAAUGUUAAUAUCAAUAUGUAUAUGGAACAUUGGGAUUAUCUUCAAUUGCAUUGUGGUCUGUACAUUAAUAGUGAAAUGUCUGGUAUACCUGCUCACAUGCAACCUAAAAAAUUUGGUAGAGGACUAGUACAGAGAUUGAAAGGAAAACAAGGUCGUUUUCGAGGUAAUUUGUCUGGCAAACGUGUUGAUUUUUCUUCUCGUACAGUAAUUUCACCAGAUCCAAAUCUUAGAAUAGAUCAAGUUGGUGUACCUAUGCAAAUUGCAAUGACUUUAACGUAUCCUGAAAAAGUUAAUCCUUCAAACAUUGAAUUAAUGCGUGAAUUAGUUAGAAAUGGUCCAAAUGUACAUCCUGGAGCGAAUUAUGUACAAUAUAGCAAUUCACAAGAUAGAGUAUAUCUUCAAUAUGGCAAUCGGAAAAAAGCCGCCCAAAAUUUAAAGAAUGGUGACAUUGUUGAAAGGCAUCUCAAAGAUGAUGAUUUGGUGCUGUUUAAUCGACAGCCAUCUUUACAUAAAUUAAGUAUAAUGGCGCAUAAAACCAAAGUAUUGAAUCAUCGAACAUUUAGAUUUAAUGAAUGUUGCUGUGCACCUUACAAUGCGGAUUUUGAUGGUGAUGAGAUGAAUCUUCACUUACCACAGACUGAAGAAGCAAAAGCGGAAGCGCUGGUUUUAUUAGCGAAUAAAUCCAAUCUUGUUACACCACGCAAUGGUGAUUUGCUCAUAGCAGCAACGCAGGAUUUUAUCACUGGUGGAUAUCUUUUAACUCGAAAAGACGUGUUUCUUCAAAUAGACCAAGUUAAGUUGGCUCUUUGCUACAUAGUCGGUUCGGAUGCGUCUCUGAUUGUAACUCUUCCUAAACCUGCAAUUCUGAAACCAGUUAAGUUGUGGACCGGCAAACAAAUAUUUAGUUUGAUUAUUCGACCAAGCGCGAAAUCUCCUGUUAAAGCAAAUUUAAAAGCAAGGGGCAAGACUUAUACUACCGGCGAGGAAUUUUGUAUUAAUGAUUCUUAUGUUAUUAUUCGCAAUUCCGAGCUCUUAGCAGGAGCAAUGGAUGUAUGUACAUUGGGCUCUGGAUCGAAGCAAAAUAUAUUUUAUGUUCUGCUGCGUGAUUGGGGAGAAGAUAUUGCAAUUGCGGUAAUGUGGCGCUUAACAAGAUUAACGAACCACUUUAAUUUUAACAGAGGAAUUUCUAUCGGUCUCAGUGAUCUUUUAGCGAAUGAAGGCCUUCUUCAUGCUAGAGAAAUAGUAUUAAAUACUCAUUACUCCAAAUGCAGCGAGUACAUUCAACAAAUGGAACAAGGUCAGCUCGUUUGUCAACCUGGAUGUACAGAAGAGGAAACAUUGGAAACGAAAAUAUUAAAUGAGCUUUCGGUAAUUCGUGAUAAUGUUGGUAAAGCAUGUUUGAAAGAAUUACAUUCAACUAAUACUCCUCUAAUUAUGGCACUCUGUGGGAGCAAGGGUAGUUAUAUCAAUGUUUCUCAAAUGAUUGCCUGUGUAGGGCAACAAGCUAUUAAUGGACAUAGAGUGCCGAAUGGAUUCGAAAAUCGUGCGUUGCCUCACGUUUUACAACAAUUGAGGACACCUGAUGUUAAAGGUUUUGUGAGAAAUUCAUUUUACUCUGGAUUGGAUGGGAAGGAGUUUUAUUUUCACGCAAUGGGUGGACGAGAGGGUUUAACGGAUACCGCUGUCAAAACUGCGGAUACCGGAUACAUGCAAAGACGAUUAAUCAAGAGUUUAGAAGAUCUGUGCGUUCACUACGAUAUGACAAUACGUAACUCAAUGCGCGAUAUCAUACAGAUAAGCUAUGGUGGUGACAAUAUGGAUCCUACAUAUAUGGAAGGUAAAGAUUAUCCAGUGGAUUUCAAAAGAAUAUAUGAUCAUGUAAGAGCAAUAUCGCCUUACGAGAACGAAAAGCCUUUAGAUGCUGAUAGCGUGAAGAAGUGCACGGAAGACAUGCUAUCUGCUGAAGAGUACAAAUGUUUUAGUAAGGAAUUCAAAGCGGAACUGACUGCAUUUAUGCAAACGGUGGCGGAAAAAAUAGAGCGUUAUCGAAAGAACAUGAACUCGGAAUUGCCGGUGAUUCUGCAGCUCGAACGUCUUACUGUUUCGCAAUUAGUGGAAUUUAUUCACACGUGCAAGGAGAAAUACAUGAGAGCCGUGAUAGAACCCGGCACGGCUGUGGGCGCACUUGCUGCGCAAAGUAUCGGCGAGCCGGGAACUCAGAUGACUCUUAAGACAUUCCAUUUUGCCGGUGUAGCAUCUAUGAAUAUCACGCAAGGUGUGCCACGUAUUAAGGAGAUUAUCAAUGCGAGUCCAAAGAUCAGUACUCCUAUUAUAAUAGCAACAUUGGUUGAUGGUACAGAUCUUGAAGGUGCCGAACGAGUGAAAGCGAGAAUUCAAAAAACUACUCUAAAAGAUAUAACUGAAUAUAUCGAGCAAGAAUAUACACACACGGAUUAUUUUCUUAUGAUAAAAUUAAACAUGGACAAGAUAAAAUUAUUGAAAUUGGAAGUGAACGUUAAUUCUAUAUGUAAUAUACUCUGCACGUCAAAAUUGAAGCUAACUCCAAAGAACGUGCGUGCAAUAAGCGAUUCAGUUAUUGUUAUACAUCUAACUAAGCAAAAGGAGAAUUCCAAUUUUCCGUUUCGUCGACUGAUGGUGGCGCUUCCGAAAAUUGUAGUGAAGGGUAUGCCAUCAGUUUCUAGGGUAGUUGUGCAUGAUGACACAUCUGGUGGGACAACAAGAUGGAAAUUAUUAGUUGAAGGGGAUAAUUUUAGAGAAGUUAUGGCAACAUAUGGAGUCCUCGGUAAAAAGACGACGUCGAAUAAUACAAUAGAGGUCUUCAAAACACUUGGAAUAGAAGCAGCAAGAACAACUAUCAUGUCAGAAAUCAAAUCGGUAAUGGAAAAUCACGGAAUCAGUAUUGAUCGUCGACAUCUAAUGCUUUUGGCAGAUUUAAUGACAAGUAGAGGAGAAGUGCUUGGUAUUACGAGGCAAGGUUUAGCCAAGAUGAAAGAAUCAGUUUUAAACUUGGCAUCGUUUGAAAAAACGUCGGAUCAUCUAUUCGAUUCAGCAUAUUAUGGACAGAAAGAUAUUAUAUGUGGCGUAUCGGAAUCGAUAAUAAUGGGUAUUCCAAUUCCAGUAGGUACAGGAAUGUUCAAAUUACUUCACAAAGCAGACAAAUCUGAACCACAGAAGAGGGAACUUUUAUUUGAUGAUCCACAAUUUCACAAGCAAAUCCAUUCUGAAAAGCGAUUUGUGCGAACACGACCGCGUCCAGUGUUACAGACAUCGUAAUAAUAAAAUUGUAAUAUUAAUAUUAUGUUUAAUUCAUAUAUGUAUAUUUAUUUCACUUAUGUAACUUAUAAAAGUAUUAUAUACUUGAAAUAA